GCCAUCUUUAUUGGGGGCGGCUGGGCCUGGCGUCUGGAGAUGCCGAAGUCGUGCGCGGCCCGGCAGUGCUGCAACCGCUACAGCAACCGCAGGAAGCAGCUCACCUUCCACCGGUUCCCGUUCAGCCGCCCGGAGCUGCUGAGGGAAUGGGUGCUGAACAUCGGCCGGGGCAACUUCAAGCCGAAGCAGCACACGGUCAUCUGCUCCGAGCACUUCCGGCCCGAGUGCUUCAGUGCCUUUGGAAACCGCAAAAACCUGAAGCACAAUGCUGUGCCCACGGUGUUUGCGUUUCAGGACCCCACGCAGCUGGUGAGGGAGAGCACAGACCCUGCUGGCGAGCGCAGAAAGGCCGACUCUGAGAAGGAAGAGGUCCUGCCCGAGGUGGGGGCUGGGGAGCGCGGCCCCGGGAGAAAGGUGGACACCGCGCUGGAAGUGCUGCAGCUGCCCCCAAACGCCGGAGGCCCUGAGGAGCAGGUCCUGCCACACAGACCGGAAGCAACCAAGGCCCCUGGUCAGCAGGCCAGCCCCACAGGGCUGAGAAGGCCCCUCCCCACGCAGCCAUCUGAUCACAGCUACGCCAUUUUGGACUUAGAUGCCCUAAAGAAAAAACUCUUCCUCACUCUGAAGGAAAAUGAAAAGCUCCGAAAGCGCCUGAAGGCCCAGAGGCUGGUGAUGCGGAGGAUGUCCAGCCGCCUCCGUGCUUCCAGAGCCGGGCAGGCGGGACUCCAGGCCAGGCUGCGGCUAGAGCAGCAGAGCUGAGCCAGACAGCCAGGCUUUCUUGUUGGAGCCUCUGGGAGGUGGGGCAGUGGUUUUGGGGCUCUGGCUGUGGACCUUUCAGUCCUGCCCCUGCCACUCAAAAGUGGCAGUGAGGCAGGCCAGGCCAAGCCCCCAGUGAGGAGGCCAACACCAUCGCAGGUGAAGUUGAGCAGCAUCAGGCCAGAAGGGUGGGCUGUGAGCAUGACAGCCUAGUCCUUUCAGCACAAGCUGGGCGAGCAUCUUGGGAGCCACAGGGUGGCAGACACUCCCCCAACAGGCAGGAAGGACAUUUCCUUGAGGGGCAUUUGGGUCCAGGGACAGACUUAGUGUGUGGGGUGACUCCCACCCCACAUGCGAGAGGGUGAUGGCAGCGUGAGUGGUCCCCUCUAUUGCCUGGACAGCUGGCUCAGUGGCUGAGACUGGCCUCUGUUCUAAGGAGUGCCUCCUUUCCCAGCCUGGUUUGAGCAAACAACAAAAUAAAGUGUCUUCCCACA